AAUUUUAUCUCGCAACAGUUUAGAGAAGUCCGAAAUGAAAACCAAAAGAUUGGCUUCAUUUUUUACCAAAAAGUCCCAUUACAGGGGUGAAGUGGACGAGAAAUAUCGUAAGUGUGGUUUGGGCGUUCAGAAGCGAACAAAUGGUUGGACCUACGAGGGCCAAUGGAAGGAUGGCUUAAGGAACGGUUAUGGUAUUCUCUAUCGAAAAAUGGCCGACAUGGAACUGUGUGAGAAAAUUUACGUUGGUGAUUGGAAGAACAACAGAAAACAUGGACUGGGGAUAAAAUAUUUCAAAGAUGGAAAAUACUUGGGCUUUUGGUCCUGUGGUCAGCGGUCGGGUCACGGAUUUAUGUGGUUCGACAAUGGCGAUUUUUACAUGGGCGAGUGGGCGGAUGACGUCUACGAGGGACUGGGGAUUAUGCUUUAUAUUAGUGGAGACAGAUACCACGGAGAGUUUCAUACAGGGUUGAAGCAUGGCGAGGGUUUGUAUUUUCAUUCGAGAACUGGACAGCUUCAGCGAGGCCACUGGUGUUGCGGAAUCUGCAAGAUGGGAAGUAUCGAGGACUGGAACCGAAACCAAGUGGUGUACCCGACGAUUUAUCCGCUUCCGGAGGUUAAGCUGGGCGACUUUCCGGAAGUCUUCCUGGCCUGGAUGGAUAAAUAUGCUAUUCACUUGCAUAAUGGUGGCCAGUGCAAGCCGGAAGACAUUACCGGUUUCUGGUCCGGAUCCGGUCUCGAUGCGAUGCUGUCCUGAAUGUCAUAACAAUUUAUCUCGUUCUUAGUUCACCGCCCUUGGGGGAAGAUAAAUUGUCACUCUUGAACGGUGCAUUUCAUUCUAAACCACAGAGCACAGAGUAUGUUAAUUAUCGAAAUUUAUGCAAAUUAAACGGAAUCAUAAAUAUUCCACUCGGCGUGCUCGUUGUGGUGUGAUAAUCUUUACCACUUACCCUGCCAGUUUCGCAUUUGUGUCUAUGCGCUGACAUAUAUUCGCACAUUCAUCAUAGCGAUUUGUACAAAGCUUCCUUGAGAAUGGAGAAGGUUUUUUCCGGUUGAGGGCUAGGACGGGGAGGAGGAUGGAAAAUUUCCACUCACUCAUCACAUUCUUGGCGUUCGGCGUGUAUCCACCAAACAUACACCAGAGAUAGAUACAGAGGAGCAAGUUCACAGCGUAACACACAAGUGAAGAAAAUUAUGUCGUUGUCACAAAGUUUCUGCUCACAACCGGCUGACGUCGAGCGAGCGAGCAUGUUAUUGUUGCAGUCUGAGCCAAAACGUCGGAAAAGUCGCAAAACGCUAGGCACUGUAUUUAUUUUUCACAUCAACGCCUUGUUUGCACGGAAUCAUGUUUUCUCACGCUACGACUUGCUGAUGCUGGGGAAGCUAGGGAUGCUGUUCCUUGCUGUAGCUCGACGGUGCUUUCGGAAAACCACCAGUCGCACCAA